AUGCCACAGUGGGAUAAGUCCCGCGAUUAUUACGCGGAUCUAGACAUUUCUUCGAGUGCUUCUACUGAAGAGGUCAAGAAGCAGUUCAAGAAAUUAGCUCUAAAGUAUCACCCAGAUCGUAACCCAGGCAGAGAGGCCGAGGUUAACCCCAAAUUCCAAACCAUCCAAUCCGCUCACGAGAUUUUAUCCGACGACAGAUUAAGACGGCAAUAUGACGACGCACGUCGAUCUCAUGUGUCGCGCUAUCCUAAGGCAUCGGGUGUACGAGGUAACCCAUGGCAGGAUAUUGGCAAACAAUAUCAACCUCCCCCUACUAGACACCAAACACAAUCAUCUUCCCAUUUCGGCAGGCCUCCUACUUCUGGUGCUGAUCGUUAUGCUCCCUUCACGAAUAGCAUGCCACAGAAGGGUAAAUCUACACCUCGCGACGAUCCCCAGUCUCGCAAGAGCUAUGCAGAUGCAUGGGAAAAUAUGAGAUCCAGCUCAACAAGAAGAGCACCUCCCGCGACUCCCGGUCGGGCACCCACGUCAGCAGCACGAGAUGCAAAUACCCCCAAACCAGAAUAUGCUCCUCCUAAGAGUGCUUAUCAGCAGCAAAAGGCACAGGCGUCUUUCGGCAACAGUAGUCGACGAGCAGGCUUCACUCCCCGCUCCCCUGGAUUAGCUGACGAACCUCCGGUAACUAACAAGAACUACUUUACUACUCGAACGCACUCGACCCUAUUCAAUGAAGUCGAUCCCGAUGUCCCGCAGCCUAGUGCUCGUCCAUCUGCUCCUACGGCUUCUACUGCUUCUACGGCAUCUACUUCAACGGAUCAGUUUGCUCAAUUCAAGGGUAAAGUUUGGGAUGAUCGCCAAAGCACUCCAUACCAUACUCCUGGUGGUGAGAAGACAAGCCUAUUUGAUGAUGGACUAGGUAUCGGCCGUACUAGCAGCACCCGAUCACCCCGAAGACCAGAUAUGCCUGGAUCGUUCCCACAGUAUCGUCCUCGAAGCUCCAGUACCCCUAAGAGCGCAACCAACGAUGCAGCCUUUGAUGAAUCGAUGAAGAAUUUCACCGGUCAUGCGGGUUCCAAGCAUACUGGCACGGCGACUACUCGAGAAAUGCCGAAUGGUAGUAGCACCCCCCAACCAGUACCUAGUGAUCGCUAUAAGCCGAAUGUCGGACAGAGCAACGGAGUCCCACCAUCUCCAUUUGGAAGUUAUCCAGCUACGCCCACCCCUGUGAACGGUAGCAAAUGUAUGUUGUUCCACUCCAUGACAGGGAUGUUGCAUAUCAAACUACAUGCUAACAUGAUGUCCUUAGUGGGUGGAAAUUCGGCGCAACCUAGCAAUGGACCUUCAGUGUAUGCUUUAUCACAUAUUUAUUCCCCACCACCGUCAUGUCCCAAGCUCCAGUCUUCCAACAACACGACUAGCAAAAGAUUCCACCUGUCCGCUGUGCAGGUCGAAGACCGGGGUUGCAAACUACGGUAUCCUUCAAGUGAGGAUGAAUCAGCGCAUCCUUCCUUGCUCAGUUUCGAGGAGAUACAGAAACAUCACGUUGCUCGUCUUAUCAAUGGUCGAGCGAUGUCGAAUAAGCGUACUAGCAGUACCUCCUCCAAGUCGAGCAGUGGAAACUCGCAAGAUCCUAUCGCAGAGAAGAAACUUAAGAUCGGCGCUGACCCUGCAUAUUCUAGUUUCAACUUCUCGGCCGCAAGCGACGAAGCCUUCAAGGGGACCGGUAAAGAGCGCCUUUCUAAACCAAGCACUGAUAGUAUCAAUACCAAGUUUAGUGAAGAUUGGGAUGAACUCCCUGAAGAGUUGAAGUUCAGCGCAGGGACCGCUUCGACGAAUGGCCCGCAGACUCCUACGAAGGGACGGCCUCAAUCUCGUAGUCGAAGUCGUCGACAAACCCCUAAGACAAGACCAGCUGAACCAGAACGAAUGCCUUCAAUGCCGGAGGGCCUAGGGAACGCCGCUGGAACCGGGUUUUCAGCAGGAGAAUGGAGUGAUAAAAUAGGAUCUCAACACUUCGUGCCCCAGUCUUCGCGCAGCGUUUCGUCUUCGCCGACUCGUCGCACUAAUCUUAAGAAGGGUAAACCUGUCAAGAUGACGGCAGGUACGGCUGGACUGGUGGAUGAGGAUGAAAGUGACGGAUACCAUGACGCUCAGUCAACCUCGUCUGGUUCCGCUCAGGCAAAUGCGGAUACUGCAACCGCGAUGGACAUCGAUUCACCUCCGCCACAGAAGGUGGAUGAGACUCCGAAAGCACCACAAACUAACGGCGCCCGCAAGAUUCCUGUCGAACCUCACAGAGAGGAAUGGAGAGCAGGCGAUGUCAAUGGUGUGCGUACGAAGUCUGCUAGCCCAGUACGAGAUGGAAUUCCCGCUAAGCGGCCCUACGCUCAGACUACUGCGCCUCAAGCAGCACCUAUUCCCGUAUCGAAGCCCUUUGCUGCACAACAUGGUGGCUCGGAGGAUACUGAUGAAUUUUGCACCACGUUUGCCGAUUUCAAAAAGGUGGAGCCUUUCGUGAACCCAUCUGCCACGGGUCUCAAAGAUUUCAGUGAUUUAAAGUCUACUCUACCAUUCGAGAGCAAGCCAUCUGAGCAGAUUCCUCUAGAGAGAGAACAACCCUCUAAGUGGUCGCCGCUGGAUUUCCCUUCUCCCCCUGUUGCUCCGCGCCUUCCUCCAACAGUGGUCGUACCCGGAAUCCAGCCCAACAAAGCCCUGUUUCGUAAAUACUCCCAGGAGUUUUACCAGUAUCUGGACAAGUGGGAGAUCUUUAGCUCCAGGGUCAUGGCACAUUUCUCAACCCGCCAGGAUCUUUAUAGACAGCGGCGCCAACAUCUAGGGUUGGCAUGGUUAGAAACGCCUUCGGGGGCUCGAGAUUACCUGUUAGAGCUUGAGCAAGACCAGGCUGUUCGCGUGCAGUGGAGCAGUGCCUGUGCAGACCACGAAGCCAAGAUUCGCGAAUUUAUGACAUUCAGAGAUCAGGUAAAAUAGUAUAGACGGGUCAAUGAACGUCAGAAUGCUAGUCUCCGCAACUCCAAGAGAAGCGGCGCGAAAUCUAGGACACAGACCCAUGGCAAUAACUCAUGGAUAUCUGCAAAUUUCGGCGGAGCCCCUCUUGGUAGCGAUAGCCCUGGUGGUGCACCACUCUGAACACAUCCAAUUGGAUCGCGCCCAUGUUGCGAAACUUCGAUAAU